CACACAACCACUUCCCACAUCCCACUUCCCACCAUCCACUCCAUUGUUGAAGGACGGCGUCUCUCCAUCACAGCCUCAUUGUUCAAUCCACCAACUUCUAACACGCCUCUGUCUGACAUCCUCCGCGUCUUUGUCUUUGAGGCGCCCUAUCUUUCUUGACCCCAGUCUUCAUCAAGGCUGCUCGUUAGAUUGACCGGAUAUCUAUCCAUUUCCAUCCUCAUCAUGGUGUCCGCUUCAAAGGCUGCCCGUUUGGCAAAGCGGGUCGCGGAUGGAAAAGAGCCAAAGAAAACCGCUGCUUCCAAAGUCUCCUCCAAAGCGGCCUCGAAGAAUGCCUCCAAGGCUUCCUCAGCCAACGGCGAUUCUCCCCUGGUAGAUGCUGAGGAUGCCGACGUCGACCAAGUCGACGAGAAGGUCAAGAAGCUGGCUCUCCAAGAAGACGACGAUGGAAUUUCCGACCGCGUGACAACCGGUGUUCUUGCAUCGUUGGAAGCCAGCAAAGACGUCAAGAUUACUUCGGCGUCGCUCGUUUUCCACGGAAAAGUCCUCUUUAACGACGCAACUAUCGAGGUCAAUUACGGUCGACGAUACGGACUGCUGGGCGAGAACGGUUGUGGCAAAUCUACGAUUUUGAAAGCCAUCUUCAAACGCGAAUUUCCAUUCCCAGAGCACGUCGAUAUCUACUUAUUGAACGAGGGCGCUCCGAAGACCGAUUUGGGUGCGUUGGAGUGGGUUGUCCGAGAGGCGGAAAACGAGCUGGCUCGUUUGGAGAACCACGCGGAAGAGAUAUUGGAAAAUGAUGGACCCGACAGCCCGAUGCUUGCGGAGAUCUACGAGCGUAUGGAAGAUAUGGAUCCAUCGACCUUCCAAACUCGAGCCUCGCUCAUUCUUACUGGUCUCGGAUUCAACAAGAAGACGAUCCAUAAGAAGACCAAAGACAUGUCUGGUGGAUGGAGAAUGCGUGUGGCGCUCGGAAAGGCACUUUUCGUCAAGCCCUCCCUUCUACUGCUCGAUGACCCCACGGCACAUUUGGAUCUGGAAGCGUGUGUGUGGUUGGAAGAGUACAUGAAGAAGUGGGAUCGUACUUUGAUCCUUGUCUCACAUUCCAUGGACUUCUUGAACGGCGUGUGUACCAACAUGAUCGACAUGCGUCAACAGAAGCUCCUUUACUACGGUGGUAAUUACGACUCCUACAUGAAGACACGCACAGAACAAGAAAUCAACCAGGGGAAAGCCUACGAGAAGCAGCAGGAUGAAAUCAAGCACAUCAAGAAGUUCAUCGCAUCCGCGGGUACCUACGCCAACUUGGUGCGCCAGGCCAAAUCCCGGCAGAAGAUUCUGGACAAGAUGGAAGCGGAUGGUUUCAUCCAGCCGGUUCUUGGCGACCGAGUGUUCACUUUCCGCUUCGCCGAUGUCGAGAAGCUCCCCCCGCCCGUCUUGUCGCUUGACGACGUGACCUUCUCGUACAACGGUAAAAAGGAGGAUAAUCUCUAUGAGAACCUGGACUUUGGCGUGGACAUGGACAGUCGAACAGCCCUGGUCGGACCUAACGGUGUUGGCAAAUCAACGCUCCUUCGCAUCUUCACCGGCCAGCUUUCCCCCACCGGCGGUAAUGUUUCCCGGCAUACGCAUCUCAAGCUGGGCAUGUACAGCCAGCACAGCGCCGAGCAGCUCGACUUGACCAAGUCCGCUCUCGACUUCGUGCGAGACAAGUACAGCUCGAAGAGCCAAGACUACCAAUACUGGCGAUCACAGCUGGGCAAGUACGGGUUGACGGGCGAAUCGCAGACCGCCCUGAUCGGGACGCUCAGUGAAGGCCAGAAGAGCAGAAUCGUGUUCGCCCUGUUGGCCAUCGAGCAACCAAACAUGCUGCUGCUCGACGAACCUACCAACGGCCUGGACAUCCCCACGAUCGACAGUUUGGCGGAUGCGAUCAAUGCUUUCAACGGCGGCGUUGUCGUCGUUUCCCACGACUUCAGACUGCUCGACAAAAUUGCUAAAGACAUCAUGGUCUGCGAGAACAAGACUGUGAGGAGAUGGGACGGCACCAUCGGGCAAUACAAGAAUCAUCUCCGCAAGAAGAUGCUAUCCGCCGGCGCUGUCUAAGACGCUCAUCCCGGAUUUUCCUUUGUUCAAUAAAAAACUUUUUUUUCCAGAGGGCUUACAGGGCUCCCUUUGCAUGGUGGGAGGCUGCGCAUCAUGAACCAGGAUAUGUGCGGCUGGCGGGCUAAAGUGCUGAUGACUUGGGUCUUCCACGAGGGAAGAUUACGGUAGAUAGACCAUU